UAAUAAAAACCACUUUUUAAUAUGGUUGAGGCUAAGUCCUCUUUUAUGUGGAAAUGUGAAUUUAAUGUAAAUAGUUUGCGCUGCUCUUCUUCUCUUUAAGGGCUUGUUGGCUGCUGGCAGCUCUGUGCAGUCUUUCAAGGCACUCCAGAGGCACUGAGCUCUGAGAUGUGGGCAGAUCUCUGAGGGGGUUCUUGCUGCCUCUCCUAGGGGCCUCUCUGCAAUGGACGUUUUCUCAGACAGCAAUCAGAAAAUGCAACAUCUGCCGUUGUGAAAUUGCCCCCAUUUUCCCAUGGAGGAAGGUUGUUAUUGAGGAAGAACGCAGUGCAUGGGAUCCAGGAGCUUUGCAAAGAAGCUUUACAGGUUGAUGGCUGGACUUGACAAUCUCAGAAGUCUUUCCAACCUUUAUGAUGCUGAUUCUAAGCCCUGGCGUUCUGGCUUUGUCUGUGCAAGGUGUGCACAGACAAGGAUGUGGAUGGAUGUGUCCAAGGCCACCUGGCUGAGUCUGGCACCUCAAUGUUAUGGAAACCAUUCAUUCACAUCUCCAAAAUCCUUUUUUUUUUUCUUUUCUUGCUAUUUUCACAGAGGAAAUUGAAGCGGCAACCAAGCUUUCCUGCAUCAGAAAUGCUGCUCUGCAGCCAGUUCCAGUCUCUCCUGUUUACGAGGCAGUAUAAGUUUUCACUGUAUAAUAAAAACAAUCAUCUGUAUUCCUUGGCUGCGAGCAACAACACUGACAGUGGAGCAAGUUUUGGUGCUUUGGAGGAGAAUAUGAAUCAUCUCAGCCACAGAACAAAGCGCAGAAGACCCCUGAGCACUGAGCAAAGCUGCACAACAACGCACCAGGCCUGUUCUCCAACCUCUGCAGGCGUUGCGGUGCUGAGAAAAAGCAUCCGAGAGCUGAAUAUCCUCAGAGGAAUAUUGCUGCCACAUCUCUGAGGUUUAAACUGUUGCUCGUGUGGCUUUUUUUUCAGGCCAGGAUGCACAGAUGGGAAUGUUAUCUUCUGGAUUGGGGCGGGAGCGCAGGUAGCAGCCCCAAACUGAGGAGAAUUGUGGCUCUGAAGCAAGGAAGCACGUUAUCCAUGCAGAAUUACAGAGAUCCCCAUCGUGUCCCCAAAGCACGCAGUUAACAGGGGGCAGAGAUGUGGUUUUGUGCUAUGGGCACAGCUGUAGGCUUGAGCUGCCCACAGCCAUCGCCCCCCACGAGGCCACACGAAGCUAAUGAAACUCAUGGCUCUCCUCACACUCCUUGAAGUUAAGGAGGGAUUUGUGUUCCUGACACCAUUCGUUUCCCAAGGGCUGGAUCAUGACCUUUCCAAUGCACAUCUUAGAACCAAAGCUUCCAGAAAGAAGGCGCUGGAAAGCUAAAGACCUGACGUGAUUAUCACCCGCACAGCCUGCACGCAAAUUUAUUUCAGUUUCUUUCCAGAAGAAACGCUCGGCGCUGCGUUUCGCCUCAACAAAAGGCGGUUUAACGUCCCGAUGGCCCCGGAUACCCGGCAGCCAGCGGCCUCUCCCCGCCCCUCCUGUGGGGAAGGGCGGCCCGCAGCGCGGCGCUCGCACCAGGCGGGCAUCGCCGCCCCUCCCCAAGAUGGCGGCGGGCGGGAAGGCGCGAGCCGGGGCAGGCGGCGGGAGGAGGCGGCAGACUUGUUCACACAAAGCAGCUGGGAAACGGCCCACCAAGAGGCUAAAAUGUGAAAGAAACAGUCUGAUGAAGUCAGGACUGGAAGGCUGUAUGUGUGGGGGUGAGAACCUUCCUGCACCUGAAGCACCUGCUGAGGGCUCGACUUCAGAAGGUACAGGAGAUCACCAGGUAAUUCAACGGGAAAAAAGUGAAAGCAUCCCAGAGACGGGUGGAGAAAAACAGAAGGAAGGUGAUGUUUCUUCAAAGCCGUGUGCAGCGAAAUCAAGGAGUGCUCCUUCAAAAACAGAAAGCAGUGAGAAUCUGCAAGAUCGUGCCUGCAGGGAGGAGGAGAGCAGCUGUGAGAGCUUGCUUUUGGAAGGGACGGGCUUGAAGGAUGGAGACAUCCCUAAGAAACUAACAGAACUUGAUAACAGUGCUUUCUUGGAUGACGACAGUAACCAGCCGAUGCCAGUGGAUCGGUUCUUUGGAAACAUUGACUUUAUGCAGGACCAGCUAGCAGCUGUACUCCCGAGCACAGCAAUGAGCAGGAGGGAAUACAGAAGGCUGCAUUUCAUUGCCAAGGAAGACGAGGAGGAGGACGAGGAUGCUCUCUAGCAGCAAACUGUAAAAGAGAGGAAACUUUGUUUUCAGUUUUCUUUGUCUUUCUACCACUGUAAUGGUGGCUGGCUGUAUCACUAGCAUGAUGUCAGUGUUUGCAUUUUCUUAGAGAACGGGUAGAGUCUUCUUCUACAGAGUUGUCAGAUACAGGAUUCCCUACUCUUUUUCUGGGGCAGUGUUUGACUGAAUUCUCAGAGAACUGGACAUAAAUUGUAAUUUAUUAUUAAUCGCUAGUACUUAGAAGAAAGCAUGGAAAAUAUCAGCUCCUAAUGUUACAAGACUGAACUCAUAUUUACAGCAAACACUUGGCCUAUUCUCACUUAUUUUUGAAAAAUUAUCAUCUUAGGACAGUUCUUUUAUUUCUGUGAUGUCUGCCAUUACAGCAUCUUGCUAGUAAUGCAGCCACUUGACUGGCCCACUUUAAAGAGGGACACCAGCCUCUGUUGUGCAAGUUGUUUUGCAUUGUUUACCUUUAAAAUGCAGUUCUGCUGGCAAAACUCAAUGCACAUAUGUGACUAUGAAUUCAAUGCUUUUUAUCUCCAGACAUUAAGUAGUUCGUAUUGCUCCUCUGUUCUCUGAACAACCAUGUGAAGCUCACAGCUUCCGUCUUCCACAUCAGCUGUAAGCACUGCCCUUUUAACAGCUCUGUAAUGCAAGAUUGUUCAGUAUUUUCAACUGACUUCCAAAGGUUACGAACAGAAAUGUUGUAAACAAACACAUUGGCAGUGAUAAAGGCAGAACAGAAUCUCUCAGUAGGACUUUACUGGUAGACAAACAAGUACUGAUGGCCAAGUAGAUAUGGGUCAGUCCUUCAAAUCUGUUAUUUCUGGCCUGCAUUUUUAGAAGAUGAUGAGCAACCUCACAUGAUUCCAGGAAUUGCUAACUCAUCCAGUGUCCAUGAUAAUACUUUUAAAGUGUGAUUCUGCAAGAAGCUCUCAGAUAUUUAUUAUUGUAAAAAUAAAGAAACUAUUUCUAAAAAGAGUGAGAAAAUAUGAUCAGCAGAUGGUUUAACUCAAUAUUAAUUUCUACAGCUACAGUAUGUUGAACAUUCAAAAAUCUGAAGCCAAACAAAUUGUAUAUGCAUGACAUGUUAAUUUAUUCAAAUUCCCACUCCAGUUGAUGUAUUGUUUCUGUCAGUGCUAGUUCUUGGCUCCUUUUUACUCUUAAGUCUGUAACAUUGAAAAAAAUCUUCAUAUUUUAGCGUACUCGUGGUUUUCAUCACAACUCCAUCUAAAAGCAGUUCUCCCAGCUUUCCUUAAAUGCCAUAUUAGCUAAUUUUUUUUUCCUAUGCAGUAUCUUCACACACACACGCUCGGUGCAGAAUGGUGUUCGUAAGAAAUGUGCUACGCUGACAGCACAAUGCUUGUCAGAAUCUUUACUGCACUCCUUUCCCCAGUACCAAAACACCAGAAUGUGCAUUUUCACCUUUGUUACUGUUGAUGUAUAUUCAGUAAGAUGAUCAGGAUGGCUCAAUCCAAUGGUGCUGGAACUCCUUACUAAAAAUGCACCUGCCUUUUUCAUGUUGAAACGUUUGGGAAAGGAAUUGAAUUGUUGCUUUAAUUAGCACUGUCUGUAGCAAAGCUCCUGCAUUUCCAAGUCCUAGCAAGUCAGGACUCACACAGCAAUACCAUCUUAAUAAUAAUCCUGUCUGAACGGGAUGAAUUUAUCUGAUAAGAAAGAAAACCAGUGAUAGGAAGAAAAUGGAAAAAAAAAUCCAAAACCAACAACCAAAGUAAACACCCAGAAGUUUCCUUUGAGAUAAAUGAUGUUAAUGUCUGGUAAAUAUCCACUACUUAAUUGAUAAGCAUCUUUUUCUGGGCUAAAUCUUUCUAGUCUGCAGUGGUCGUGCUGUAUUAUACCUUACUGUUGACUACUCAUGCAUCUCUACCUCCACAUACACACACAGAAAGAUGGCAGUGAUUUUACUUUUAUUUUUUGAUUUAAAAAAUACUCAUCCCUGAGAGUUCAGUUGCUAUCAGCUGAUAUUUAGAAAAAAAAAAUGUAAAAAAUGAUCUAUUUGUAUUUUGUUACCUGAGAGGUAGUGCUUUACAGAAGCAGUAUUCUGCAGACAAACAUGAUUACUGUAUAAUAAGACUCUAUGUGUUGCCUCAAGAAAGCUCAAUUAGAGAGGCAAAGAGUGAAAGGUGAAGGAAAUCAGUGGGAAAGAUGACAGCACAAUGGUGGUAAAAGCAGAGAUGCACCACAGCCCUGCUUACUCCUAGAAGACCUGCAUCUAUGUAGCAGUAGAUUGAAUGGUCACAGAUGAGUGCAGAUAUUUUCGUAGAGAAAAGCCAGCAGCUCUGCCACUGAAUUAUUUGGACUAUCUGGGGUACGGUGCCCGUCUUCCUGGUGCAGGCACAGAAUAAUUAUCCUAAAGUAUUCUCUGGCUUAACAUUGAGAGCAGUAUCAAUCUACUUUGAAUCAUUUGUAAGAAAGUUCAGUUUCUGUACCAUGCAUUUUGCACCUACAUUUAUCACAGCAAGCAAGAAAUCAUAAGGUAUCAUCAGUGUCAGCUUCUGGCCUCUGUUUUGCACACUGCGGCUAUGAGUCAGCUUAUCACACUCAGCACAGUGUCAUCUAAGGUGGGAGAAUCAGGCACGAUCUGAAUGUGUGCUUUGUGAGAUUGCAGUUCAAUUAAUGCACUGGAGGUGAUAAAGGAAGAAGUCCUUGGCAGAAGAGACUUGCUAAGUAAGGUUUUGUUUAAGAAACAAGAGCUAUUUAAACAUGAUGCCAUCUUACAUGAUUUUGAAAUGGAAA